AUGGCGUCCGAUCCCACCAACGUGUACGACUCGCUGGGCCCCGUCUACGGCGAUGCCGCCGAGACGGCCAGGAAGCGCUACGAGACGAUCAAGAGCGCCUUUGAGGAGCGGUUUGGAGCGGCCCCCGACGUCUAUGCCCGCUCCCCAGGCGCGGUGGAGCGGCUAGAUGGCGUGGACACGGUGGUCGCUGUGCGCAAGAGCGGCGACCAGCUUGUGGUGUGCAAUGUGGAGGCUGGAAAAUACCCGGAGAAGACCUUCUCCAUUGACCCGGCGCAGGAGGUGGAUGUGGGCAAGCACAACUGGGGCAACUACUUCCUGGCCGCCUACAAGGGCGUGUUUGAGUACUUGGGAGGCAAGGGGGUGGCCACCCCGCCGCCUGUGGGCCUGCAGGUCAUGGUGCACGGCACGGUGCCCACAGGCGAGGAUGGGGCGCGGGGUGGCGGCCUGUCCAGCUCUGCCGCCAUUGUCUGCGCCGCCGCCCUGGCUGUGCUGCACUCGCACGGCAUCCGGCUGACAAAGGGGGAGGUGUCAGAGUUCACUGCCAAGGCGGAGCGGUAUGUGGGGGUGACCUCUGGCGGCAUGGAUCAAGCCAUCAGCAUCAUGGGCAUGCCCGGCAUCGCCAAGAUGGUGGAGUUCAACCCGGUGCGCGCCAGCGAUGUGGUGCUGCCCGAGGGCGCCGUGUUUGUGGUGGCCAACUCUCUGGCCAUCAGCAACAAGGCAGAGUCGGCGGUGAAGCACUACAACCUGCGGGUGGUGGAGUGCAGGCUUGCGGCAGGCGCGCUGGCGGUGAUGCUGGGAGAAUGCAAGGUGAGGCCCACGCUGCCACGGGCUGCCGGGCAGCGCGGGGGUGCCGGCAGAGGCUGCCUGGCGCGCCAGCGCACGGCUGCCUCUCUCAGCGCUGAGCGGGACGAGUGCGAGGCUGUGUUGCAGGAGGCUGCCCGCAAGAUCAUCACGCUGAAAGAGAUUGAGCCGCUGAUAGAGGCUAAGUACAGCGGGCCAAAGGCCAGCACCAGCGGAGCGCAGAUCGCGGCGGUGAAGGAGCUGCUGCACGACGAUCCGUAUGAGACAGCUGAGGUGGAGGAGCUGCUGGGGGUGAAGCUGGCUGACCUGUACCAGGGCAACGACUCAGCGCUGCGCGUGCUGGCCGCCAACGGCAGCUUUGUGCUGAAGAACCGCGCACUGCAUGUGUACGCCGAGAAGCAGCGGGUCCCCGAGUUCAGCGAUGUGUGCAACAGCGGGGCGGGCGUGGAGAAGAAGAUGGAGAAGCUGGGCAGGCUGAUGGACGACUCACACGCCAGCUGCAGGGACCUGUAUGAGUGCAGCAGCGUGGAGCUGGAUGCGCUGGUGCAGGUCAACAAGGCAGCGGGCGCCAUUGGGUCGCGGCUGACGGGCGCGGGCUGGGGCGGAUGCACCGUGUCGCUGGUGCGGGAGGGCGAGGUGGACACAUUCAUCCAAAAGGUCAAGGAGGGUUACUUCAAGGGGUUGGUGGAGGCGGGGCGGGUGACAGAAGCGGAGCUUGGGCAGCACAUCUUCGCCAGCAAGCCAGCCAGCGGCGGCGCGGUGCUCACGCUGAAGCUGUGAGCUGGCCUGGCGACACCACCAGCCAAGCUGGAUGCCGCUAUUGGAGCGAGUGGCACAAGAGAGCAACCCUGUUGUUGAACAUUUCCACUGUGGAAUUAGCGACCGAGUUGUGAGUGCUUACAGUUGGUGAACUGUGGCUGAGCAUGUAUAGAGGGAGCUGAGCAAGAAAUACAAACAGAACGACUGUCAGUGGCUGUAGAAGGGGUACAAAUGCUGUCAAGAAAGGAAGGAAACGAGGAAGGGUACGUUUGAUGCAAGUCAUUCGUUGUAUCAAGCUGAGGCAGCUGACUCCCGGGCCCCAGGUCUGAGCUCUCUCUACCAAAGCUGUCAGUGGCUGUGGUGGCUGUCAGGUGCUGAUGCGCGGGCCGGGGGCUCACGCCUUCUUCAUCUCAAUCAGCAUGAAGUGCGCCCCGGCCUCGCUGCCCGCCUGCAGGCUCAGGUGCAGCGGCUUCUUGUCUGCCACCAGCUCCGCCGCGUCGCGCUCGCCCAGCUUGGUCUCUGCAUCGGCGGUGCCCAGGGUCAUGGCGCCCUCGAUACACACGAGGUAGGCCUGGCGCCCAGGGGACAGCACGAUGUCGUGCUGGAACCCGGGGUCCGACUCCGACACAAACACGUGUGCAUCCUGGUGUAGCUUGAUGCACCGCCCCGCCUGGAAGGUGCUCCACGUGGGCACGGGCCCCGUGCCACCCAGCAUGUGCAGCAGCUUGUUGUGGCGGUCCUGCCUGUCGUACUGCGCGGAGCCGUACUGCGGCGUGUGGCCCCGCUGGUCGGGCGUCAGCCACACCUGCAGGAAGCGGCACGUCUUGUCGCCGUCGUUCAUCUCGCUGUGCACCACGCCCGUGCCCGCAGACAUGUACUGCACGCAGCCGCGCGGCAGGCUCUCGUAGUUGCCCAUGCUGUCCUUGUGCGACAGCUCGCCGGAGACAAUGUAGCUGAAAAUCUCGGCGUCGCGGUGGGGGUGCGCCCCGAAGCCGUUCCGGGCCUUGACGAGGUCAUCGUUGACGACCCGCAGCGAUCCAAAGUUCAUGUUUUGCGGGUUGUAGUAGUCGGCGAAACUGAAGUGGAAGCGCGACUCCAGCCAGUGCGUGGGCUUGCUGACGGUCAGGCUGCUGGCCGGGAUGUGGCGCACGGGCGGCACGCCCAUGGCAGCGGUGGCGGCCGGCCGACCGGCGGCGGUGUCUGGCAGGGCCUUGCGGGUGAAUGAGCGGGUCAGGGUGGUGAAGGCGGAGCGCAGUCCCGAGGUCGGGGAGGAUGGCUCACCCCGCUGCCGGGAUGAGGCACAGCGGGAGUGCGCCUUCG